AAAAAAUCAUGAACCCCUUUAUAGGUGUAUUUGGAAGACGAAUAUUCCAUCUUUCUUUCCCUCCUUCCUUCCUUCGAUCGAACCCUAAAACAAGCUUUUGUUUUCGAUCAUCAAUGGAUACCGACGUGAAUAUGGUACCGGCUGAGGAUGUAUCGAUUAUCACUGCGCCUUCAUCUUCAUCUGCUGCUGCUUCAUCUUCUUCCAAGAAACCUAAACGCUUUGAAAUUAAGAAGUGGAACGCAGUCGCCCUUUGGGCCUGGGACAUCGUAGUGGACAACUGUGCUAUCUGUAGAAACCACAUCAUGGAUCUAUGCAUCGAAUGCCAAGCUAAUCAAGCCAGCGCUACCAGUGAAGAAUGCACCGUUGCUUGGGGUGUGUGCAAUCAUGCAUUCCACUUCCAUUGUAUUAGCAGAUGGCUCAAAACCCGUCAAGUCUGCCCUCUUGAUAACAGCGAGUGGGAGUUUCAGAAAUAUGGUCACUAAUUUAAAGGUUGGAAUGGGAAAGAAUUCCAGUUUAUCUUGGCAUGGGAAUGAAUGCACUGUUUGGUUUAAGAAGUAAAACAAACAUAAAUGGAAAUUUCUAAAGAUCAUUUGGGUAUCAUGUUAAUUAUCGAAAUGCUUGUGCUCCAUACUGGUUCUUAUAUUGCUUCAUAUUUUGUU